AUGAGUUGCCACAGAACUCGCGUGCGGCGCGCGAUGGACGAGGACGAGGACGCGGCGCUGGAGCGGUUCAUGCAGGAGGACGCCCUGCUAGACGCGAUCCAGUACGCCCCGGACCUCCCCGGCACAGGACCCACCGUGUCCCUGGCGCAGGCGUCGCGGACUGCCCCGCCCCGGAGCCCGGCGCCCGCGCGCGCCCCGGGCAUCGUGUCGCUGGCCAGGGACCACGGCGCCGCGGGGGCGCGGGGCGCGGAGGAGCACGCGAGAAACAGCGCCGCCCUCGCCACCGCCUACCACGAGGCCCUGCGGCACGGCCAGUCCUGCGCAGGCGCAGCGGCCUCCACCGCAGCCCGCGGGCGGGGCGCGGCCGCGGCGGGCGGGGAGGACACGUCCUACGCGGCGGCGCUGGCGCCCAGGCAACCCCUCGAGGUGGAGGCGGCCGGCCCCAGCGGGCCGACGCCGCGGCGGCCGGCCGCCAAGGCCACGGGCGUGCCCCUGCAGGCCGUGCCGCUGGCGGUGGCCGCGCUGAUGGGCAUGUGGUUUUUCGGCCCCACCUCUACGAAGAGCCAGAGCGCCACCCCCUGAUGCCGGCAGCAGCGCCUGCUGGCCCGAAGGGCUACGACUUCAGCAGGAGGGGGGUCGAUUCGCGAGGCCUUCGCGAGGCUCACGGGCCCGCAGGGCGACGACUUCAGCAGGCAGGGAGGGGUUCGACUCGCGAGGCCUUCGCGAGGCUCACGGGC